CACCCACUCGAACCAGAUCGAAUCUUCCAUGUCUCUUUGAUUCCAUUCUUCGCAGACCUCGGCGCGAGACUUAUUCCUGUCUACUCCUGCGCUUCCGCCUGUCUCGACACGCACUUCCCGUCUCUUGUGGUCCGGCAUCUUUGCAAUCACAUUGCGUCGGGUCGUCGCGUGUCGAGCAACAGCUUUCCAACUAUUCCCAACUCCAACCGUCUCCAAACUGUAGAAUCAUCCGCCACAAGGCCAGACCGCGAAAAUGGUGCUUCACAACCCCAACAACUGGCACUGGGUCAACAAGGACGUCGGGCCCUGGGCCAAACAAUGGUUCGAGGACAACCUGACCAAGCUAGAAGUCGAGGAUGGCGGGGUUUCGGCCAAGAUUAGCAAGGUCGUCAGCAUGGACGGAGACGUCGACGUCAGCCAGCGCAAGGGCAAGGUCAUUACCAUCUUUGAUGUCAAGCUAGCUCUGGAGUACUCAGGCACCACUGCGGAUGAGGUCUAUGUCACGGGCGGCAUCACCGUCCCUGAGGUGGCCCACGAUACCGACGAGGAUGAGUUCGUGUUCGACAUCGACAUCCACGCCGACGCCAAGGAGAAGCAGCCCGUCAAGGAUCUGGUCCGCUCCAAGCUGGUGCCCAAGCUGCGUGCCGAAUUCCUGAAGCUCGCGCCGGCCCUCAUCAAUGAGCACGGCAAGGACAUUCAGCACGCCCCGGGCUCCAACCCGUCCAGCGGCUUCUCCACCCCCAAGGUCCACGGCCAAGCCACGCCCUCGCCGCUCGCAGGUGCUUCGUCAUCCGCCGCCGCGUCUCAGUCCGGCGCCGUCGUCAACACCACCACCGUCACCGACAACGAGGAGUUCCGCACCACGGCCGAUGAGCUGUACAAGACCUUUACGGACCCGCAGCGCCUAGCCGCCUUCACGCGCGAGCCGCCCCGCGUCUUCGAAGGCGCGCGCCCCGGCGGCAAGUUCGAGCUGUUUGGCGGAAACGUCGCCGGCGAGUACAAGGAGCUGGAUGAGCCCAAGAGCAUUGUGCAGUCGUGGCGGCUGAACCAGUGGCCGGCCGGACACUUCUCGACGCUGCGUAUCGAGUUUGACCAGAACGACGUCGAGCAUGUCACCGUCAUGCGCGUCACCUGGAGCGGUGUGCCCGUCGGCCAGGAGGACGUCACCAAGCGGAACUGGGGCGAGUACUACGUUCGCAGUAUCAAAAGGACCUUUGGAUUCGGUACCAUUCUAUAAAAUGGCUUGUUAGUCGCGGGCUGGAAAGGGGGGAGUUUAUGGCGUUCAGUGGGUCGGAUGGAUGGGGGGAUGGGGUUGUUGAGAGACGCUGGCCAGAAAUGGAGCGUCGAAUGAUGGGGAACGCAAGCCCGACGUUCGGUCCCUAAAAUCUACAUGGGUGACAUCUGUCAUCCUCGAUUGGUUCUACGCAUAAUGAUGCUAUAGGCUAUAUGAAAUACACGCUUUACGACAAGAGCAUACGAUGG